AUAUGCCGUUUACACCUUGCAGAUUUGUGCAGCUGCACUUUUCAACUGAGUAGGCCAGCAGUGUGACGCCCAUCGAAUCCAUGGCAUCGGAGAAGAACAACUCGGAAUCGAUUCCGUUGACGGUGGUUCAAAGCUCCGCAGAACAAGGGGAAACUGCGAAACAGCCGCCCCCUGGCCACAGCUGUGACGAUGCGUUGAAGGAGGCCGGCUUCGGCAGGGCGCAGAUAUGGAUGACCUUGUUGUGUGGAUUUUCGAUUAUGUCCUCGGCAAACGAGUCGAUGGGUAUGGGCAUCAUCUUGCCGGCCAGCCAGUGCGAUCUGGAUUUGGAUCUGUCUCGAAGGGGGAUUGUCAGCGGUGCUGUUUUUAUGGGUAUUACAUUUUCAACGUAUUAUUGGGGGUAUCAAACCGAUAUUCGUGGUCGCAAAGCUGUUCUGAAGAUUACACUUCUUUCGGCAGCGGGGUGCUCGUUCCUAGCUACGUUUGUCAAUAAAUUCGAGAUCUUAGUGAUUUUACGAUUUCUAGUCGGGUUGUUAAUGUCGGCGCCUACUUUGGCGGCGGUUGUGUAUUUGGGCGAAUUUUGCCCUCCCAACAGGCGAGGACAAAUGAUCGGCUAUGCGUGCGCCAUUGGAGGGCUUGGAUUCUGCUACGUAGCCGUUUCAGCUUGGUGGAUCCUAUCAUACGAAUGGGUGAUUGUGGUCACUCAGACUUUUACCAUCCGGCCAUGGAGACUGCUAUUUCUUGUUAAUACCCUACCCGGGUUGAUAUCCGGUAUUGUGUUUUGCUUCUAUCCAGAGACACCCAAGUUUUUAUUAACUAAGGGGAGGACGCAAGAAGCGCUGAAGGCUCUUCGUUGGGUUCACAGACAAAACAAAAGGUAUCAUGAGCGUUUUCGAGUUGAACGGUUGCAAAGUGAUGUCAAAUCCCAGGCAGAAAUCGAGACUGAACAGGAGGAAAGGUCCACCAUUAUCAACAAGCUUAUUGAUCAAAUUUCUCCAUUGCUAAAAGCUCCUAACUCCAUCUACUUGAUGGUUUCCAGUUUUCAGAGCGCCACUGUAUAUAUUAUAUACGGCGGUCUAGGAGUUUGGUUUCCUCAGAUAAUGAACAUUGUGUUCACAUCGGACGUCACAACAGGGGUCAAGAUUUGUUCCAUAUUACAAAUCGAGCCAGCAACUAAUGAGUCGUCCGUCAACACAAUUGACCCGAAGGCCGGCUCAGAAUGCAAUGAUUCGCUCUCUCGGGAAGUUUUCAUCUACACCUUUGCAUCCGGGAUCAUGAUUUCAGGCUACAUGCUACUCACCUCCAGCAUCCUCACCAAAAUCACAGAGAAGAAAAUGAUCUACGUCAACCUGAUCACGGCUGGAUGCGCUGGCAUCGCUUUGCAGUACAUCACCCAUUCGUACGUAGUGGCAGCAUUGUUUUGCGUGCAGAUUGUCACUGCUUCUAUGUGCGUAGUCCUGUUGCGAUCGAUCCAAGUUACCGCCUUUCCAGCACAAGUCCGAGGAACGGCCAUCUCCCUAACCAAUCUGACCGGCCGUAUCGGACAGUGCAUCUCCAACGUCGUAACUGGCGUUCUGCUCGUCCAGCAGUGCACCUUCACUCUGUACAUCUUUGCAGCACUUCUCUUUGCGAGCGCAGGGUUGAACGCCCUGCUUCCCUGACUGCAGCAAAACACCUCCCAAAACACCAUAAUCUACUCCAAUAAAUAGAAGAAAGCGAAAAUAAUGCACAUUCAUUCGGAUCUGAUCCACCCGCGUCACCCAGCAAAAGCCACGAAUUGGAUUCACUUUCAAUCAGGUCCGUGUACCGACCGUGAAAUAUGAAUGUUUUGAUUGGUUGGUAUGCGAAUCGACUCCAGAUGAAAGGGAGAAAUCCAACGGCAAACAAAUUGUACAUUUUAUACGCCAUUAAUUUAUUUAAAGUUCGCCCAUUCAGUUUCGUUCAUCCGAUUGAUUGAUUGAUUGGCUUCCGAUGAGGAUGAUUUUACAAAUUUAAACUGGAUCGAGAGCAGACUGGAAUUAAUUUCCGAUAUGCUACGCUCGAUUUGAGCCUGUGCGAAAAGGGAGAACUUUUAAAUUCCGGCCGUUUCUAGGUUAGGAGGAUGAACCGAAAGCUGAUUGGAAAUGAACGGUAGUUGGAGUACGAGUCGGUACCGAAUGUGGAUUUAUUGGAAAAUUGAAACAUUCGGUAACUAAUCAAAUUAUGGUUGGGCUAACCUCAAUCCCACGUGCCGAGCGAACAGGUUGUCUAGGGCUGGGAAAAUCUUCUUCCGCUCAACAUGUGGCAUGAGGUUGGAAAUAGAAACCACCCAUCCGUUUAAUUUAAUCCCAUUUAAUGGACUUCCAUCCGCAGGCACAAAUGUUCACCCCUUUGCAGCAAACGUGAUCGGAUGUUUAUUACCUUCGAGUUGCAGCAACGGACAAAAAAUAAAUCCGUGUCAUCGGGUAUGACUUUCAAGUGCCAGGCGCCAAUUUGAAGGGGUGAAAUUGUAAUAUGUAGUGUGAAAGACAUUCUUGCGUUAGGGGUAUGUGAUAUGGCAAUUAUUGAAGUGGAAUCAAAAUAUAAUAAACAGCGAUCAGCUAUGGCAAAAUAGGGCUCUGAGAAUAUACGACUACUUUUAGCAGCCCUAUCAAUAUCUGCGAAUUCCAACAAAUUUAUGCUACUAACGCAGAUUCAAUACACAAUUCAAAUAAAGGUAAAGGCUUUCCUUUGAGCACGUUUUUUUCGUGGACAUAUUAGAAGAACCAAUAGCAGAAAGAAUUAUCCAUCCACAAAGUUCUCGUCAUUUCUGCAAUUCAUUAUCAUAACAAAACGUUUGUGAUAAUGGCUCUUGUAGCAUGCGUAUCACACGUGCCAUCGACCCAAGUUCAAUUCCAUCAAAUCGCAUAAUGACAUAAUGACAUAAUCACCUCAGGUACCUCCAAAUGUGAGCUCAGGGUAAGUUAAGAACUUUGCAUUGAUUUAUUUAUUAAGCAACAAAACAACUACCAACAUGUGAAACAUACGUACCCCAGUGACAUACUCUGCGGCAUACAUCAAAAAUAGAAUGCGCUAAAUCCAACACAAAAUACUUUUAAAUCUAUUCUUAUUAGUUAUACGAGGAACAUGAAAAUCAAACACUUCGUAACACCUAUUUAACCCGCGACACAUGCCUUUGAUGGGCUCAUUGAUUCCGUAGUUAGUUGUAGAAGCAAAAAUGUAAAUAAAUGAG